AGACCAUAUCGUGUCUUUGAAGUUCUAUCGUUUCAUUUUUAAUCUGUUUUAAAAUAGCAACAUAAAAUAUGGCCGAUUGUAUUUUGGCGUUUUCUGCCGCUUUGUGAAAAGAAAUAAUUAUUUACUUACCUAGUCAAAUCUCUACAAAACGCAUUGAGAGAUGGGCUUAUGUAUCUGAAACCGGACAUUUUGAAAAUAUUUAAGCCUUAAAAUUCAUGAAUGAAGCAUAAGAAAUUUGUGUAUUAUGGCAUGAUAAACACAGAAGAUAACAUUUAUUAAAAUAGAAUAAGAUUUUUUCUUCAGCAUGACAUCAAUCGAUAACUUAAAGUGUGUUUUUUGCAAUGAGGUAUUUAACGACAAAGAAAUAUUACAGGAACACUUUAGGAAACACGGCGAUCCUUUAUUUGAUAAAAGUUCUAAGAAUAAGAAUAAAACACAAAAUGAAGUCCCAAGUUCCACUGAAAAAACAGACGACAAUGAGUUAGUGGGUUGUGAUGUUUGUGAAGAAGUUUUUCCCACAAUAUCAAAGGCAAUUACACAUAAACACAAAGUGCAUCCUGACCAUGAUGCCAAGUAUUUUUGUCCAUGGUGUGGCAAACUUUUUACUAUGAAGCAUUUGUUCAACAAACAUUUGCAAUCAAACCAUGAUGGGUUAACAAAUGGCAAUGAAAAAAAUUUUCACUGCGAUAGCUGUAGUGUAUACUUCAAUGUACCAUCAGCGAUGCUACAUCAUAAUAAAUUCUUUCAUAGACAAGACACUGACCUGAACUCUAUUGGAUCAUCAAAGAAGAUUAAAUUCUAUAACCAGGAGCUGGUAUCAAUUUUCUACUGCCCUUUUUGUGGAGAAGAAUAUAACAAUAAAGUAAAUUUACAUAAGCAUAUGGAGGAUGACCAUAGCGAUGAAAAUCAAGCCCCGGAGGAUGUUUUACGCUGUCCACUUUGUGAGGCAUUCUUCUAUCAUUUAGAUGCAUAUGAAUUACACCUGACAUUCCAUUCCACAGAAGAUUUGUAUAGUGAACAAAAUGAAAUGGUCAGUGAAGUUGCAGAAUUUUCAUUGGAAGCUGUCCCGCCAAUAAUGGAAAAAGUAUUAUCAGAUGCUAAAGUUGACCCUAUUAACAAUUUCCUUGAAAUGGCCAUGAGUGAACCUGAAGACAGAGGCAGAAUUAAAACAAAAAAACAUAAAAAACAUAAGAAGUCAAAAAAGGAGGCUAUAACAUUUGAUGAGUUUUUAAAUAUGAACAAAGAUGUCUUUGGUGAUGGUUUAAAUGUACAAGGUAUUGAAGAAGUUCCUACACAAAUGGUUCUCAAGAAAAAAUAUAAAACAAAAAAAAAUAUAGCCAAUGCCGAAACGAAAAAUCUUAACUCAGAUUUGGCUAAGUUGAAAAAACAAGGAAUUGUAAUAAAACCAUCUAAUAAAAAUAGUCCAUCUCUAAAUGAUCAGAAAAAUCAAACAACUGUUCAAACUAGUAAAGUAAAUGCUUCAGUUUUGUCAAAUCCUAAUGAUGUAAUAUCAAAAUUAUUGAGGCAUGGUAACAGUGAAAUAAAAAUUGUAAAGAAAUCUAUUAUACCAGAACCAGAAAAUAAGCAGGAUACUUAUCAAUCCAAUAAAAUAGAUUCUUCAUCUGAUUAUAGUAAGUCUUUGGACAAUGCGUCUCAAAUAUGCACAAAAGAGAAUGAGAAACAUGAAAUGGAGAUCCCUGAAAUGGAUUUGCAAAAUGAAACACAAAUUGAAAGCAAAGGUGAUCUCAUUGAAAACAGGAAUAAGGAAAUUGAAGAGCCUGCAAAUAUAACAACAGAAGAAAAUCUUUCACAAGAUGAGACAAUUGUAUCAGAUAAAUGCAUAGAUGAAUUAAAUAAUGAUGAGGAAAACAUUCCAGCAAAUAUAGAAGAGACUCUAGAGAAAAUUGAUACCCCUUUAAAUAGUUUAGAGAACAUGGGCUCACAAUUAACUAUAAAAUCUCUUAGUGAAACAAACAAUAAAGUAACAAAUGAGCAGCAAAUACAAAAUGAAUUAGAAAAUUCCGAGAUAAACAAAAAAAGCAUUCAAGAAAGUAAUACGGAUGAUGAUGAAGCACCCGAAAAAAUAGACGAGAGUACAAUUAAGAGUAAUGCCUUGAAAUCAUUGAAUUUAAAUAAAGGUAUUACUGUAAAUUCAGUUGUUAAAAACUCACAUCCUAGUCCAUUAAUAUCAGGAGAAAAACCUAUGCAGCCAAAACAAAAUGUCAAUGUUUGUACUAAUAAAUCAUUACAAACAUUAAAAAGCUUGAGUAAAUUUAUAACAGUAAAACAGACAAAUUCGUCGCCACCUUUAAAUCAAAACCUUGGAUCUGAUGACGAUAAUGAUGAAAAAGAUUUUAUGAGUGCUGAUGAAAAUGAAAAUGCAGAUAACGACCCUUUACAACAACCACCUGUAUGUGUAAAACAACAGCGAAAUAACACGAAAGUUAUACCAACAAAAACUCCAUCUAACGAAUAUACAACUGAAACAAAAAAUAAUUCAAUAUCUAUGGCUUCUCAGAGAAAUGUGGAUAUUUUAAAACGAUUGACAAAUGUUACAGCUAAAUCUAUUCCGAUAACUAAAAAUAUUCCCUUAUCACAAAAACCUGUGAAAGAAAAAAUUCCUAUAAAUGUUAGUGUUAAAAAAGAAACUGUUAACCCUAAAAAAGAUAAUAUUAUAGAGAUUUUAAAUAUUGAUGAUUCAGAUAGUGAUGCUGACAGUGAGCAUAUUGUAAAAACUCAUCAAAAUAACGCAAGUAAGCCAGUAAAAAUUCCCAAUAAAAACAUCGUUAAACCAACAUCUACGCAUGAUUUACGCGGAUUGAAUAAAAAUAUCACAAUCAAAUCAAUGAGCCAACAGAGUUCAAACUAUACCGCAUAUAAAUCCAAUUCAGGAGAAGAAUGCAAAAAAACUGUUAUAAAUCGAAGUUAUGAAACGAAAAAUGUCAACAUUAUACGAGGCAAUAAUAAAUUGUUGGAAGAACAAAAAAAUCUCCAGAAUACGAUAAAAAAUUUAAGACGUCAUAUAACAAUUAAAUCAAAAAAAUCUCCUCAAUUUAAUUCCGAUUUUCAACCUGAGGAGAUGAACGAUGCAGAUAGUAUUGGGCAUUCAAUGAAUCCAGAUGAAGAUCACGACUCCGACUGCAGUGAAGGUAGAAUUAAAAUAACAGAACUGAAUGAAGAAGAUUUUAGCGAUAACAAACAAAACGUGGAAGAAGAAUCACAGGCUAGAGUUGAAUCGCCCCAUAGUUAUAACAGUGAUGAGGAAAUACCAAAUGAGGAUGAUAUAGACGAAAAUUUUCCAGAUAUUGAGAGUCAAAUUAAAAUAAAUCCUAUCGUAAAAACGAAUCAACAUCUCAAACCGCCUACUAAGCCGCAAAAAUCUAACAUAAGCCACUUAAGUGAACUAACAAUAAAACCUGUACGCCAAGGAAAUACAAUUUCAGACGAUGAAAUAAAGACAAAUGAUAAAGUAUCUGAUACAGCGAGAAAUGUUACAAAUGCAUCUAAACCUUCAACGUCGAAAACUGUAAAUCAAGAGAAACAAAUUAGUAAAAACGUUCAAUCUAGUCAAAAGGCAAGUUCGUCAUCCAAUCAAAUUAGUACUGUUAAAACUGUCAAAACAUAUCAAUCGCAAACUGUCAUUGAAGAAAUAACAACUACAGUUACAAAAACAAUUCGAACUGUUAAUACUCAGGAAGUUCAGAAUACGAGUCAAAAUAUAUCAAGGCCAACUAUAAGACCCCAAAAAAUAAUCAAUAAGCCCUCGAAUAUCAUGAGAGCCUCUCCAAUAAGACAACCUUCACCAGCGAUUGGUACUAAAGUGCGAAAUUCUGUUCCUCCUCAAUUAGUAUCUUCUAACACAAACGCAAUCCGACCAUCUAAUAUGUUAGUUUCGGCACGUCCUAGACAGAGUGCGCCACGAGUGCAGAAUCCAACUAAUAUUCGUAAAAUUGCACCUCAAGCUCAAAACCAACCCCGUCCUUAUACUCAAAACAGACCUCUAAAGAUUUCGCCCCAACUAACGAAUAACACAAAAAGGCAAUCUGAGGAAGCCUCUGGUCAUUUUAGUUGUUUCAAAAAACCAAAAGAAUCUCUUAUACCUGUACAAGACAUACCGGAUAUGAGCGAAGAUGGAACGAUGCAGUAUUCAUGUUCACAAAGCAAGUCUAGUAUCACAAAUGUAACAAAAGUAUUAAAUAGCACUGGUUCAACGUCUCAAACAAGAUCGGAAUCCAGUUCGUCGUCUCAACAGCACAUAGCUAAAUUGAGUGGAGUGUCGGGCCUCAAGAUAGUCAAAACAAGUUCACAGCAAUCGAAACAGGUGGAAGAGAAAUGUGAAAAUGUUAAUACGCCUAAAAAUGAUACAAUAGCGGCUUUGGAGAAACUUCAGAGACAAGGCUUACUCAUAAAAAAACCUAGAUUAGACACAACUGAUUAUGAACAUAAUUCAUGCAGUGGGAGUGAUGGAGAAGCAUAUGAAGAAUAAAUUUCGUAUUCUGCCACAAAAAA